AUGGCCGCCGAGCAGAGGAAGCUGCUGGAGCAGCUUAUGGGCGCAUCCUCGACGUCGCGCGCCGCCCAGCUGUCCAUGAACGAUCCCAAAGUCUGCCGCUCCUACAUCGCCGGGACAUGUCCACACGACCUCUUUACAAACACCAAGCAGGACAUUGGGCCGUGUCCCAAGGUUCACAGCGAAGGGCUCAAGGCUGAAUAUGAAGGUCUAUCCGAGAGGGAGCGACAGAAGUACGGCUUCGAGUACGAUUAUAUGCGCGACCUGCAAAAGUACAUUGAUGAGUGUAACCGACGCAUCGAUGCUGCGCAGAGGAGGUUGGAAAAGACACCGGAUGAAAUUCGCCAGACCAACGUCUUGCUCAAGAGCAUUUCAGACCUCACAGCCACCAUAAACAACGGCCUCCUCGAAGUCGAAAUCCUCGGCUCCAUGUCCGAAGUAUCACGCGCCCAAGAUGAGCUCUUUCGCGUGCGCCAGGCAUCCCAGUCCAAGCUCGACCGCGAAAAGGAGCUCAAGGCGCUCUCAGACACGUCCGGACCCUCGGGCCACCAGAAGCUUCAGGUCUGCGACGUGUGCGGCGCGUACCUCAGUAGGCUCGACAACGACCGCCGCCUCGCCGACCACUUUUACGGCAAGAUGCAUCUGGGUUAUGCGCAGAUGCGCAAGACUUAUGAUGCUUUUCCUAAGGAGAUGAAGGGGAGGUCGAGGCCACAGAUGGAUGAUGAUGGACCUGGUAUGGGAGGUCCGAGAGGACCUAGGGGUUCGGGAGGUUACAGAAGCGGUCGCGGAGGUAGGGGCUACCGCGGCGGAUGGUAA